ACUAACCCCUUGGCCAUGGCAUGCAUGUUGGCAUGCUUGGAAAUGCCAUUGACCCUGCUUUUGCCAUUAAUGACUCACAUACAACAAACAAUACAAGGAACAGUUCCAAGGCCGGAAAAUAAGGUUCGUUUUGGGUCGAGUUGUCAUCGCCUUUGUCAUGUAUAGCUGUAUGUCACAUGAUAGCCCGAAGUUUAUUAUGAUUGAAAGAGCACGCACACGUCAUUGGGCUCAUUAACAAACGAGACGGGAAAGUUCAGCGAGGUGAACAUCGUACAGUUCCGCUCGCUCAAUUCAAGUUCCCCGCAUUGCAUUGCAUGUGUUGAGAUCAGAAGAGUGCAGUGAGCGACGUGUGGAAGAAACAACAGCAAAAGAUGGCGGAUGAUCACAGAAUAACGGUUAGAACGAGUCGAUCUGUAAGAUCUCAGCUGUUUGGUUGCCAUCCAGCAUGUGCUUCUAAUGUUUGGGCAUUAAUGACUGCAAUUGCGCUCCUUGGAGUAGGGGUUUAUUUUGUGAUCAACUCUGCUGGCAAAUUUUGGAUUUGGGUCUAUCUCCUGGUUGCAGGUGGAAUUGUUCUGUUAUUGGAAACAAUGACUCUUUUCACUUACACUACAUGCUGCAGACAGCGAUGUGGUAAAUGUAUCAAAGCCAUAUGGUUUAUUGACACCUGGAAAAGAGGAUUGGUUUAUGUUGUUGGAGGAAUCUUCUGUUUCAUACCUUUUGGUGUUGACCUUCGUUUGCUUUGUGGUAUUAUGCUAUUCAUCGCUGGAUUCCUUUAUAUUGCCAAGACUUGUAAGUCAACACGGAACCCAGAAGAUCGUAAAGAGCUGGUUGAGGAAGAGCAGCAGAAUCAAGCUUAAAUACCCUUCUUUUGAUCCAUUAUCUUGAUUUAAAGGCCUCCUCCUGUCCCUUUGUAAGGUCUAUGUCUAGUGAGGUCCUAAGAUGAAGUGAAAGGGCCAUCUCACUCGUUGCCAUGUCAGAUAUAGCUUAAAACUAAUUGUCAUGCAGUGUUACCAUUGCCAGUACAUCUUGUGUGAGAGUUGUGAACAGAUUGUUUAUUGUGCACUGCUUCAUCAUACAUGUGUUCCAAUGCACAUCUCCCAUCACCUAGUUUGUGCAGAGUUAGUGAAAUGAAGCUGUGUGGUGGCUAACAGAUUUUUGUUUAGAACACAAUAACAACUGAUGUAUACCGGUACAUGCUCUAUUGUAUUAUGGUUUGUAUCAAAUUGUGUAAAUUUUGAUUUUUAAAAAAAAAUAUUUAUUUAAAAAGUGUAAGAGGGAUCUGUCUCAUAUUACCAGCAAGAUAAUCACAAGUAUGCCCAUCUGCUCAACUAAACAGGAUGUGAAUGUAGGAAUAUAUGACUUUUUCAGUUGAAUGAGAUUAAUAUGAUUUUAGAGGUCAAGUCCAUCUCAACAGCAAGUUGAUUUGAAUAAAUAGAGAAAUAUCAAACUAGCUUUAGUGCUGAAAGAUCAUCAAUAUUGGAUUGUAAAAUAAGAAAGUUGUUAUAUAGAGUUUAGCUUGAUUUCCCAAAGCAGUCACAUGUGCAAUACAAUGUGGUAUGUAAAUAAAGGAACUGAUUGUGUCACCCACUCACUAUUAUUGUGUAUUUCAUUUUAUUUUCAUCAUUAUAAUUGUAAAACAUGACUUAUUUCUCUCUAAACAAUCCUUUUGAAGAUGUGGACUUACUGCACUGCUGUAUUGUAACCUAUGGUGAUUCAAUCAAGGGGAUUUUAAUUGUAAAUCUCCAUCAAAAUUCAAGAUGUGAGAGUGUGGUAUCAUUUGCCCUCUCAUUGGCAUAUAACUAAUGUUUAGGUUACCCUUUUUUUAAUAAGCAAAACUCUAAAUUUUAUAGCCUUUUAAUUAUGCAUUUGAUUUUGUUCUUUAUUUCUUGGGUAGGACUUGAUCUUUAGUGAUGUACCAACAUUCACAUUCAUUUUAUAUUGUCAGUGCAGGGGCUUAAUGACCAUAGAGAAAAAAAAACGCUUGGGAGUUUGGGUGUAAAAAAAAAGUACUGGUAAUUAGUUAACCACAUAAUGUCAGUUGUUGAAUAGUAGCUUUCUGGUCGGUGAGUUUGCAGCUCUAGUGUGUAUACUGGUACAGUAAUAUUGCUGUAGAAUUAUCAAUGUAUUUCGACCCUUAGUGCAAUUAAACCCUUUUCUAUGCAAUCUAUUUGUGUAUGUGCUAAAGGGAAAAUGUGUAGAGUAUUGGAGAAGUAUAAACUGUUCAACCAAUCAUGAUUUUCAGUUUGUAUGUUUGCUAGCACUUUUACAUUAUAUUUCCUGUAAAAAGAAUAUUUUGUGUGCAACUUUCUGUUAAGACAUUUUUAUGAAUUCAACACAUGUUUAUAUUAUACAUGUAACUUAUUCUGCCUUAAUAUUGCUAGAAUUCAGAUAUUGACUUAUACCAGCUAUUGUAGGAGUCAUUCACAGUGUAUUUUGUGAAACUGUAUGCAUUAUGACCACCCACCCCUUCUAAGGAAGAGAUAUUGAGACAUUACGCCAUUGCAUAAAAAAUUGCUCUCAAUUUCCUUGAAUCAAUUUAAAUGAAAAUUGGAAAUUGCCUGGAAACAUAUUUUUCCAGGGUAAGAUGGCACUAUUGAUGUCAAAGAAAACAUUUUAUUCUUUUCAUGCUCUGUGUGACUACUUUUGUAGAAAUCAUAAGAUAUAUCCUGAUCAUGAUCUCUUUUUUUUCUUUGUAGUUUUAUUAAUGUACAUACUGUAAAAGUUAUUGUGAUGAUUUUACAUAACAGAACACUUCUGAUUUCAAAUUAUUUUCAUUCAUGAUGUCACCUGAUGUAUGGUAAAUAUAAAUUCUUCAUAAAGAUGCAGAAAUUCAGGAAAAAAUGGUUGCCCGCC